CUCCUGUGUGAAUCAGCUGGCUGUGAUAGAAGAAGCCGCUAACUCAGAGCUAUGCGCCGCCGAAGUCCGCCGCACCAACAUGACACCGCAGUCAUCUGCUGAGCGGGAAGUGACGCGAUUGACAGGUUUUAACUCACCGAGGGACGUUUCCACUCAAACUUCAUGGGGGUCUUCUGACUGUAGAAGAGGGAGGAGUCGUUGGCGGGAAACAGGGGAUCUUCAAACAGAACCUUCUUCUUCACAUAUUUGUCCCGCAGCUCCAGAAAGGUCUUGAGACGCCUGGCAUCCUUCACUGCCUCGUUUCUGCUCAAGAUGGCAGAGUAGAUGGAGUUGGCCCCAGAGAGAGGGUAGUCCGAUUUCCCAUCAGGCCCGGCCGACGCUUCAGUUUGAUAAAGCUCCUUCUUCUCAGCGAUUUCCACCACAGGCUCCCUCGGCUUCUGGUCAUCCAUCCUUGACUUGAAGGCCAGCUCUAUCUUUCCAAUGUACGGUAGUUUAAAUCUCUAUUGUUCUUCCUCGAUUGCGUAAAGGGGUCUUGCAACACAAGCCAGAGAAAGUUCCGCACUCCUCACGCAACACCAGUUAUCACUUCUUGUUCCUUCCAUGAAAAGUCAACAUGUGAGAGCGGACCAGUCACAGUCUCUGUUGCGUCCCUGUUGCUGGAUCUAAAUAUAGGCACCUUUAAAGUAGGGGAGGAGACUUGUUGGAGGGGUCCAAACCCUCGGUCAGGAUUCUCUGGCCCCAGUGUGCGGCACAUUUUGAUACUGUGGAAAAUAAUUGUUUUCAAAGCCAGCUGCAAUUUGGGGCGGAGAUUUAUCCGAUCAGUUGGAUCGGUGGUAUCAAAUAAACCAGUACAAUAAAAGAGAUGACCAUCCAGCUGAAGAACCCCGUCUUCCGACUCCCUACGUCCGCACUGGGAAUUUCAGGAAAUAUAAUUCCAACUGGCUCUUGAGAUGGUCGCAAUAUGUGGCAUGACAUCAAAGUGAUGCUGCCUUAACAUUAUUGAUUCUCAUGUUGUAUGUUGUAUUGUUGUAAAGACAGCAAAGAAUCAUGCAUCAAUAAUUCUGCAAAACACAAUAAGACAAUUGGAAAAUCGAAUUAAUUGCUCAGCUCUAUCCUCAUGCUAACAAAGCACUAUUAUCAAACCUUAUUAAAUCUUUCAAUACACUUCAAGUCUGAAGUCAAUAUAUAUAAGUGUGUGUGUGUGUGUGUGUGUGUUUAUUUUAUUGAUCCCAAGCAGGUAAAUGAAAAAUGAGUAAAGAAAUACAAAAAAAUGAAAAACAAAUGAGCAAUAUGUAAAAUGUACAUUAAAUAAAUGAGGGCAUGUGUUUGAAAUAAAAAUGUAUACUUAAAUACUCCGCUCUCUGUUUUAAUACUAAAGAAACCAUCAAGAUUUUAAAUGAAUUAUUUGAAUCGUUGUUGUGCUCUUUGUUAAGAAUAGCCUCUAUUAAACUCAGUAAAACCAACAUUCUAACUUGAAUGUUUAUCUUAAAAUGACUUGGUCUGGUUGGCCUUAUUGUAUCAAUGAGACAUUAUGCAACAAAGAGCGAGGUGUUCGUCAAAAUAUAAGUAUAUCAAAGUAGCAUUUGAGUUGUCCUUUGACUGAUUUAUUGAAAGACACAGUUGUUUGUAAUUGAUAUAUCGCUAUUUCAAUAAGCGCAUGACUCUUGUGAGAAUGAAAUCUGAUUGUUCAAACACUUAAUGUCUUUAUUUUGCAAUAUUGUUUUGAGAUUUUACGUUUGCAUAGCGUUUGAUUGGUUCUUAGGGCUGUGAAAGGGGGAUUAUGUCGUCUGUGUCCAGAGUCUGGCAACCCGUGCGGCCCUUGACGUUCCUCUCUCUCAGUGUUCAUCUGGAAGUUGUCGCCAUCAUGUCAGGCUAAAUGCUAACGAAUCUGCAGCCAGUCAGACUCCACUGGGCAACUUACCCGUCGCAUUCGACUCUUCUCGCUUUUCAUGUUGACUUUUGAUUAAACAUUAUGGCGUGUGUCAGAUAAUGCGUGAAGAGCUGUUGCUUUAGCGUGCAGUUUUGCCCGUGUUCUCUGGGCUUGCGGCUAAACGCUAGUUAGCCCGCUAGCGCUCAUAAAAUAUCGACAUUUCUCGACCGUGACAGUGAACAAAGCUGCGACGGUAAACAUCGACGUGUCUGUUGUUGUUCAGCUGCGGGGGACGAGGAGAUAACAGCCGCGACUCCUGGGCGGUUCUCACCCAACCAAGAAAGCUCCAUUCGGUCCUGUGCGGGAAAGAAGUGAAACUGGAGCAUUCAUCGACACCAACAUCAUCUUUAACACCAGGUUUCUGGGCGUGACAACUCUGAAGAUGUCUGAGGGAGAGAACAAGCAGGCCACAGACACGGUCCAGGAAGUGAAGCAGGAGUCGGUGGCUGCUGCUCCGGCAGGUCAGGGAGUGUCGUCUGUGUCUCCUCCAGUGUCCAUGGUGACCCAGCCUCCCACUACCGAGGAUGAGGAAGAGGAGAGCGAGGAUGAGUCCGAGAUCCUGGAGGAGAGUCCGUGUGGACGCUGGCAGAAACGCAGAGAAGAGGUGAAUCAGCGAAACGUCCCUGGCAUUGAUAAUGCUUACUUGGCUAUGGACACGGAGGAAGGUGUGGAGGUGGUGUGGAAUGAGGUCAUGUUCUCAGAAAGGAAAAAUUUCAAACUGCAGGAGGAAAAAGUGAAGGCCGUUUUCGACAAUCUGAUCCAGCUGGAGCAUUUGAACAUCGUCAAGUUCCACAAGUACUGGGCCGAUGUGAAAGAGAACCGAGCCCGGGUGAUUUUCAUCACUGAGUACAUGUCCUCAGGAAGCCUCAAACAGUUCCUUAAGAAAACAAAGAAAAAUCACAAGACCAUGAAUGAGAAGGCCUGGAAGCGCUGGUGCACUCAGAUCCUGUCUGCCCUCAGCUACCUGCACUCGUGUGAACCUCCCAUCAUCCAUGGCAACCUCACCUGUGACACCAUCUUCAUCCAGCACAACGGCCUCAUCAAGAUCGGCUCAGUGGCUCCAGACACCAUCAACAACCAUGUGAAGACCUGCCGGGAGGAGCAGAAGAGCCUUCACUUCUUCGCUCCAGAAUAUGGAGCUGUCGCCAACGUCACCACAGCCGUGGAUAUCUAUUCCUUUGGAAUGUGCGCCUUAGAGAUGGCCGUGUUGGAGAUCCAGAGCAACGGAGACUCCUCCUACGUGUCACAGGAAGCCAUAAACAGUGCCAUUCAGUCCCUGGAGGACCCGCUACAACGGGAGUUCAUCCAGAAGUGUCUGGAGGUCGACCCCAGCAAGCGACCCACAGCCAAAGAGCUGCUCUUCCACCAGGCCUUGUUCGAGGUGCCAUUACUGAAGCUGCUGGCUGCCCACUGCAUCGUCAGCCACCAGCACAUGAUUCCUGAAAACGCUUUGGAGGAGAUGACCAAGAACAUGGACCCUAAUUUGGUGAUCGUUGAAGCCAAAGAAGGAGUUCUGAUGAAGUUGUCCCAGUUUCCUGCGCUGGAGCUGGACAAGUUCCUGGAGGACGUCAGGAACGGGAUCUAUCCUCUGACGGCGUUCGGGAUGCCGUGUCCCCAGCAGCCCCAGCAGGAGGCUGUCAAGUCACCGAUAGUGCCCCCUUCAGUCAAGACCCCGACUCCUGAGCCAGCGGAAAUCGAGACCAGGAAGGUGAUCCAGAUGCAGUGCAACAUCGAGCCCGUGGACGAAGGCUCCAAACAUCACUUGACCUUGCUGCUGAAGCUGGAGGACAAGCUGAACAGACACUUGAGCUGCGACUUGUUACCAAAUGAGAACGUGCAGGAGCUGGCGGUGGAGCUGGUCCAGCUGGGCUUCAUCAGCGAGGGCGACCAGCCACGACUCGCGUCCGUUCUCGACGAGGCCUUCUCCAAGUUCUACAGCCGGAACGGUUCUUUAAAUCCUGUGACGGUUUCCUUGUAGCGGAGGUUUUCUCUCAGAACCUCCGCAAAUGGGACUCGCUUCAUUUUUGUUGCCUCACUGGGAAGUCGCCGGAGACUCGACGCGAUGGCCGCGGCCGUCUUUGUAUAUUCUGGUGGGAAAAAAGCUGCCACUAAGUGGCCAUGGCUUUCUUUUUAAGAUGUUGUGUUGUCCCACCUUCUACAGCCAUCUGCUUCUCUUCUCUAAGAGGAUUUACUAGUUACAACUUUAAGGAAAAUACCGUUGUGGUCGGCUGGUUUGCUAGCAAGCUAGCAGACAGCGCUGUUUUUUUUCUUUAAGUCAGUAUUGAAACUGUAUUUUAAAUAUUUUUACUUAAAACCUUAAUAGUCAUGUCUGCGGAGAACAAGUGUCCUGGCAUACUGCAGCGUGCAUGAAGUUCGGUCAUAUGGUCCUUCUCCACAGACAUCUGCGGACCAUCAUGGCAGCAGCAACGCGGCGCGAGAGCUACAAAUAAAAUUCCAACAGUAUAUUUAUUUGUGUAUCUUUUCUCGAGUGUCAACUGUGAUUCACGUCCAGCACCGGAGUGUUUGAAUGUACGCUUUUAUUGCAUUUAUUUCUGUUUCCCUUGGUUUUAAAAUCAGAAGUUACUGGUCAACGUGUUGCGCUGGUGGGAUCCUUUGAUGUGUUUUGUUUGGUCACGGUUAAACACCAGUGCGUGUUUGCUCUCCGCGUCAUGCCACACGUGUUCGCUUCCGUCUUCGACUGAGGGAGAGUUGCCUUCUGCCUACUGUGCGGAGUCAGAGAUUCAACGUGUCACUUUGUCAUUCGUCUGUUCGCGACCUUUCGCUGGGCUGGUUUGAGCCUCUGCUGGAGUGAUUCUGAACACCAAGUGAAGGAUUCACUUCCUGCGGUGGGCUGGAGUGAGGGGCGGCUUGUUACCAUCUUGUGCACUGUACGCUGGACACUGCUGUUUCUGCUAUAGAUUUAGUCCCUUUUCCACUUCCUGAAAUAAAAUGUUAUCAGCACUUAGAAGGCCUGAGUUGUGUUGCUCUCAAACAUGACCAAUAAGCAGCUGCGUCAACACUGACAUCGAUUUUAAUAUCCAUUUUGGAGCUUAACCUGAGGCUAUGGAUGUGAUUAUUUUAUCCUCGUUCAACAAUAAUGUCCAGGG